UUUGCAGUUAAAUUAAUUGCAGUUUUAUUGAACUAAGUGGCAUCUUAAUUAAAAGUGCUUCUUCUGGACUUUUUUGCGAUUUGGGGACUAAAUUCAUUGAAGAAUGGCAGAUAUGUCAAGUUUCUGGGGUCCUGUCACAUCGACCACAGAGUGGUGUGAGAAGAAUUAUGUUUAUUCUUCUUAUAUUGCCGAAUUUUUUAACACCAUGUCAAAUGUCCCUUCCAUUAUCUUGGCACUAAUUGGGCUUAUAAAUUCGUUGAGACAACGGUUUGAGAAGAGAUUUAGUAUUCUUCACAUAUCCAACAUGAUACUUGCCAUUGGUAGUAUGCUAUUCCAUGCCACAUUACAAAAUGUACAACAGCAAAGUGAUGAAACUCCAAUGGUCUGGGAAAUGCUUCUUUACAUCUACAUCCUUUACUCUCCGGAUUGGCACUACAGGAGUACAAUGCCCACCUUUCUAUUUCUCUAUGGUGCUGUCUUUGCCAUUGUUCAUUCACAGUUCCGGUUUGUCCUUGGCUUCAAGGUGCAUUAUGUGAUCCUCUGCCUCAUCUGCACCCCCCGGAUGUACAAGUAUUAUAUUUACACUGAAGAUGUGGCUGCUAGGAGGCUUGCCAAGCUCUACGUUGGAACUCUAUUUCUGGGCAGUAUUUGUUGGUUGUGCGAUCGGUUGUUCUGCAAGAAAAUAUCCCACUGGUACUUUAAUCCACAAGGCCACGCAUUGUGGCAUGUUUUUAUGGGAUUCAACUCCUACUUUGCCAACACAUUUUUGAUGUUCUGUCGUGCUCAGCAACGGGGAUGGGCUCCGAGGGUCGUCUACUUCUUGGGGUUCUUUCCUUAUGUUAAGAUCCAGAAGCCGAAGACCCAGUGAAAGUUGGUCAUGAAGAAUAGCUUCUCGUUUUUUGGUUGUACUUUCGAUUUCCAAAGGUGAGCAAAAGUAUGCUAGCAGUCACAGUUCCAGUUUCGUUCUUCUAAGUGGUUGUAAAUGGUGAUCAAAAACUGGUGAUUGAUCAGGGUCUCAUUAAAGUCCUCUUAAAGUGUAAACCUAAUGUGUGCUUGCAGUGUACCAUAUUUGUAUGCAUUUUUGUCUGACAAGGAAGAGAUCAGGAGGAUCUUGGUAGGUCCUUCUGUCUUGGACAUUUAAUUUCUUUUUCCAGUUCUUUAGAAAUAGUACAAAGUCAGAUAAUUUGUUAUUGAUCAUAGAAAAUUGUUUGUCACUUGGAAUCUUGAUCCAAAUGUUUGGAGAGUUUGCAUAGAA